AUGGCGCCGCCCGUCUCCCUGCUCCCAUCCUCCUCGCCCUCGCCGCCGUGCCAUCGCGUCCUCCGCCGCCGUGCCAUCCUCCGGCCGCUAGCGCCUCUGUUGCCACGGCGGCCACUCCUCCGUGGCCUCUCGGAUGACAACAACAACAGCGAGUGCUCGCAUCGGCUGCGCCUUGUCCGCCCGCCGGCCGCCGCCUCCAUCAUCGCCGCCGGCGACCAGUGGGGCAACUGGGCCUUCCUCCUCUCCGCCGCCGCGUUCGGCACCUGGGCGGAGGAGAGGACUGCAUGGGGCGCGGCGCUGAGCGGGGCGCUGGUGAGCAUCCUGGCGGGGCUUGCGGCGUCGUCGGCGGGGCUGGUGACCCCCGGCGCGCCGGCGCACGGCGUCGUCAUGGAGUACCUCCUCCCGGUCGCCGUCCCGCUCCUGCUCCUCGGCGCCGACCUCCGCCGCGUCGUCCGCACCACCGGCGACCUCCUCAAGGCCUUCCUCAUCGGAUCGGUUGCGACUGUGAUUGGCACGACGGUGGCCUAUUUGCUGUUCCCGAUGAGAUCGCUCGGCCAAGAUAGCUGGAAGAUCGCAGCUGCUCUCAUGGGGAGCUACAUCGGUGGAGCGGUGAACUUCGUGGCGAUCUCGGAGGCUCUGGGCACGUCGCCGUCGGUCGUCGCCGCCGGCGUGGCCGCGGACAACCUGAUCUCCGCGCUCUACUUCACGGUCCUCUUCUCCCUGGCGUCCAAGAUACCGCCAGAGCCCAAAACCUCGUCUCAGGACGACGGCGGCGAUCCCCGGGGCGGGAUGUCCGUGCUGCACGGCGGCGCGGCGCUGGCGCUGUCGUUCGCGAUCUGCAAGGCCGGCACGUCCAUCGCCGCCUUGCUCGGCGUCGCACAGGGCGGCACGCUGCCGUGCGUGACGGCGCUGGUGGUGCUCCUGGCGACGGCGUUCCCGGGCGUGCUGGGCGCGCUGGCGCCGAGCGGCGAGACCAUGGCGCUGAUCCUGAUGCAGGUGUUCUUCACGGUGGUCGGCGCCAACGGCAGCGUGGUGGACGCCGUGACCAAGGCGCCCGCCGUGUUCGCGUUCGCCGCGGUGCAGGUGGCCGUGCACCUCGCCGUGGUGCUCGGGGUGGGGAAGGCCGUCGGGCUGGAGAGGAAGUCGUUGCUCGUCGCGUCCAAUGCAAACGUCGGCGGGCCGACCACCGCGGCCGCCAUGGCGACGGCGAAAGGGUGGAGCUCGCUCAUCGUGCCGGGGAUACUUGUUGGGAUAUUUGGGAUCUCUACGGCCACCUUCCUUGGCAUUGGGUUCGGCAUGUUCGUGCUCCGGAGAAUUUCAGGAUUUUAGUCUAGUUAGUGGCUCUGUUUUUUAAUGGCGAGCCAAACCUGUUGCACUUGUCAUCUGCCUGAUUAAUUGACCUAGAACAGUGUUUACCAUGGUGAAAUUGCAAUUAUAGCCUUUUCUUCAUCCUUUUUUGAAAACUAUAUAAUGAGGGAACGGGCACCACUUUGCUGGAUUCCU